CUUUCUAGAACAGAUCGCUCCUCUAAUUCGAAGUACAUACAGUAUUGUCCGAGCAAUUGGAGGCUAGUGGCUUAAUACCAACUCGGAGAUGCAAUUUCAAUCCCACCUUGCCCUAAAUGAGUCUCAUGUGGGGACGUUGCUGGUAGAAAUCAGCACGAAGACGGAAUGCAGAGCAUGUCAGAAUGGCCUCCGAAGAAAUGGCUCCAUACUGGGCUGUCUGGGCCUGGGCUAUCAAAGCGGUGGUCCCCAGCUGUCUCUCUGUCUCAUUUAUGUCUCGACAGGAUCGCCACCAUUCUGGUCAUUAUUGUCCUUAUACCGUCGGAUCAAGUUUCGGGGAUUUCUUGGUUUCCAGCAGGCACCAUUCCGGCCAUUGAACAGUGCUGGCUGAUAGGGCGCGGGGAGGUUCAAGUACGGCAGAUUCAAAGGGAGGGGUAUGGACAAGCGGUGCAGGGUUCGAAUGCUGCCUCUGCAUAGUCGUUAUUGAUCUUCUUCCGUAUGGCAUUUCAAAACUCAUUUCUCCGUGCGAUGGGUAAGGACUGCCUGAGUGAGUCGCUGCAUCAAGUGCGACAGCUUUGAUUGCGUCUAAGUGCAAAA